AUGUCAGUAAUCGAACUCCUAAACAACAUCGCAAACGAUGAACAAAACUUGACAAAUGACUACUGGUAUCUCAUUGCGGUAGCUAUCGUUAUGAGUUCAGUGAAUAAGCCAGAAGAUAUUCAGUAUAUAUAUCAAACGAUUGAAGCUAAAAUAGAUAAUCUAUCGCAGCAGAAUGAAAGUAAGAAAAAUAAUAUUCUGUCAAGCAUAGUACUGAGGCUAAGGGAAGCCGUCUUAAAGAGUCACGUUAUCAUUGGUUUUCCGAAGACAAUCAACACGUUACAGCAGUUGUCGAUCGUGACGCCUGAUCAUGUGAAAGCGCUGUUGCCAAAAAAACCGUUAAGAAAUGAGGAAAAGUGGGCCGAUGUUCAAUUUCAGAGACAGAGGGGAAAAGCCUUAUUCAACAAAAUAUACGAUCGACACGCCGAAAAAGUUAUGAAUAACAUGUACCAAACUCAUCCAGAUUUAGCGCAGACAGCCCUACAUCAUCUUUACGGUCCCACUCUGAGUGAAACGAGCAUAUUAGAUGCAAAGGAAACCAGCUUGAUAACAGUGGCAGGUUUAAUGAUACAAAAUAUACCUUUACAAUUGAAAGGGCAUAGCUAUGGUGCACUUCAUAACGGUGCGACGGAGGAUGACCUUCGACGCGUACAGUCCAUAGUAACCAUACUGAGUGAACAUUACCAAUGUACCAUUGCGAAAUUGUAGGACAUAAUGAUAUAUUAAAACCCUUUAUCGAUUUUAGCAAACUGCUCAAUUAAUUUUAGGUCUUGGAGCGGAAAAAAGAACAAAAUGCCUGCAAAAUUAGACUGAAACCGUGAAUAGAAUCUACUUAGGAUGAAACAUUAUACUGCAGAAAAGCUAUGAAGCAUUAUGUCAGUAAAGAGGGCUAGAAACGACAACUGAUGGCUGGAAAGAUGCUUAAAAGCACCGAUUUGCUAGCAGCAAUUAAUACACACGAUACAC